CCACAUUUUACUUUCACUUUCACAGCCUCGGUAGGCAAGGCUAUGAACCACAUAGUGUUUUAGCAUAUCUCAUUUGAACUUACUUUUAUUUACUAUAGAAAUAAACGAACGAACUAACAAAGAUGUCCAAACUUAAGCUUAUCAGAUUGUGCUUCUGGUUUUAUCUGGUGCGAACCGUGGUCUCCAAAGAUGAUCUUUAUCAUGAAGUGGGAGGUGAGCUCGUGUUGACGCCGGACAAGUCCACAGUGCCUGACUCCAUCACAAGCAUCAUAUGGAAGCAUGGGAAGAACAAGGUGGCAGAGUGGGACCAGGCGUUUGGUGGUCUGGACAUCUAUGGUGCCUUCAAAGAGCGUACAACCCUGGACAAUACUACUGGAGAGCUGAGAAUCAGUGGAUUGAAGAAAACAGACAGUGGAGUUUAUUCUGUGGAGUUCAACAGCAAACUGCUUAAGACAUAUACAUUAUCUGUUUUAAAGGCAGUCCCCAAACCCACAAUCACUUCUUCCUGUAACCCAGACAAAACCUCCUGCAAUCUGACCUGUGAGGGCGACACCACUGAUGCUGAACCAGUCAACUACAGCUGGAAACAGGGAGAGAGGGCAUGGCAGGUCAUAGGAAAACAGCUAAGUGUCUCUAAAUCAACCAAUGGUAUCAAGUACACCUGCAAGCUGAGUAAUGCUGUUAGUUCGCAAGUCAGUGAGCCAGUUGGAGAGGUGUUUGGUUCAGAGCGUUCCAUUAUUGGUGCUGUUGUUGCUGCUUUGGUUGUCGUUGCCAUUUUAGCGUUUGCAGGAUUUUUGGUGUGGAAGAAAAAGACAGAAUAUUCCCAAGACACCUGGAUCGACUUUUUGAGAAAGUAUUUUGGUGGAAUUUAUGGUAGAAUUUGUGGGGAUGCAGGCAACAAUCAGAAUACUGUUGCCCUGGAUACAGUUUACAGCGUUGUAGGAGAGAAGUCUUCUAGAGAUUACUCCAUGAAUCAGAAUAAUAACAAUCAGCCCACUAACACAGGCAGUGAUGUAGUCCAGCCAGAACAAGGGAAAAGCAAUGCAGAUAAAGCUGAAAAGGGGCAGGGGAAUGAAGAUGUUCUUUAUCAUGAAGUGGGAGGUGAGCUCGUGUUGACGCCGGACAAGUCCACAGUGCCUGACUCCAUCACAAGCAUCCUAUGGAAGCACGGGGAGUUCUACGUGGCAGAGUGGGACCAGGAAUUUGGUAGUCUGGAGAUCUAUGGUGUCUUCAAAGGCCGCACAACCCUGGACCAGACUACUGGAGAGCUGAGAAUCAGUGGCUUGAAGAAAACAGACAGUGGAGUUUAUUCUGUGGCGUUCAACAGAAAACUUCUUGACAAGACAUAUAAAAUAUCUGUUAUCAGGGGCGAUGAUGAGACUAAAAUGAAUGGCAGCGCUGCACCAGGGGGCGACCUUGACGCCGCUGAAAAAAGAGAGGCAAAUGGAGAGGGGUCCGUGCUGCUGAAAGAAGACACGGUGAAGUACGACAAUGGAAAGGGGGAAGCAGAAGAGAAUUCAGCCUUGUAGGACGGACGCCAGGGAACUGUGGACCAGAGGCACCGUCCCAUCUUGACCACCAGCACUGGACGACAUGGGUGCCCCUCUGAGGUUGCGUUUUUUGUGGAUUUACCUUUUUUGAGAAAAAUCUGAAUUUAAUCAUUAUUGAGAAUCAUGGAUUUAAAAGAACUGAAUCUCU